CUUAUUCAAAAAACCCUAGACCCAAAAAUCGCCCGCCCAUUCCCAAAUUCGCAUCCCGGCGAUGACGGCCAUCCCGAAGACGCCGGCGACGUUUGCCGUCACCCCCCACAAGCUCUCAAUAUGUGUUUUGGUUCAAGUGUACGCGCCGCCUUCGCAAACCUUGAUCCCAUUCCCCUUCUCGUCCGUCUCACAGCACAACCGUCUCGGCAUAUUCAUCAUAUCACUCACAAAGACAUGUGAUGGGAUUUCGGAGCCGACUCUGGACGAGUUGAUUGCUCAGCUGAGGGAGAUUGGUGGUUUGCUGAAUCACUGGUUGAGUGACCAUUUGACACGGAGGUUGUCGUCUCUGGCGUCCCCCGAUGACUUGUUUAAUCUUUUUGCUGAUUUGCGAGGUAUUCUUGGGGGCUCCGACUCUAAUGUUAUGGAUGAUGAUCAAAUUAUGCUCGACCCUAACAGUAGUAUUGGGAUGUUUAUUCGGCGCUGCUUGCUUGCGUUCAAUCAGAUGUCAUUUGAGCUUGAGCUAGUCAUAUUUCAACUGCACGGUACUUUAUGGUGUGUGUGCCAUCUCUUAACAAGUAUAGGGACAUAUUGCAAGGAAUCCCUCUCAGGAUAUCCUCCACAUGGUUUAUCGCAUUUGGAUGAUUCUGUUAACGAUCCGAAUUCUUCAUGCGAAUCGGAGAAUAUGGAGAUGGACAAUUACGUAUAUGAGAAGGUUAGUGAAGAUUUUGAAGAAACUAGAAUAGGAAUUGAAAGAACUCCUUUCCGUGGCCAGGCACCCGGAGUUUUCUCUGAAUUAGUUAAAGGUACUGGGGCCUCUUCGAGUGGAUGGGCACAACAUGCUGAUACAAAUGCAGCAGUUAGUUUUUCCGCGUUGUCUUCAAGUGAUAGGUCUAGAGACAUCGACUCCAUUAGUGGCACUUUCCUGCAUACAAAUUGGCAGGUUCAAGGUUACCUAUCAGAGCAAGCAGAUGAUAUUGAGAAAAACGGAAACUCUUUCCCUUUAAAUGCUUUUGAGUCUAUACUAAAAAAGCUUCAGCAAUUGGCACCUGAAUUGCAUCGAGUUCACUACCUACGCUAUUUAAAUAACCUUUAUCAUGAUGACUAUCCGGGUGCAUUGGAGAACCUUCACCGCUACUUUGAUUAUAGUGCAGGGACUGAAGGGGUAGAAUGUGUCUCCCCUCCAUCUGGAUGCAGUAGCUUCGGAAGAUAUGAAGUUGCUUUGCUGUGUUUGGGAAUGAUGCAUUUUCACUUGGGGCACCCAAAGCAGGCUUUGGAAGUUUUAAGUGAAGCAGUUCGAGUCUCCCAGCAGUACAGCGAUGACACAUGUCUUUCAUACACGCUGGUGGCGAUAGCUAACCUCUUGUCUGAAAUAGGAAUAUCAGAAACACGUGGAAUUAUGGGAUCAUCGUACUGGCCUGUUGCUGAUAUAGGCACUUCGCUGUCUGUCCAACAACAGUUAUAUGUCCUGUUAAGGAGAUCUCUUAAGAGGGCAGAAAGCCUAAAGUUGAAGCGACUAGUGGCAUCUAUACAUCUUGAAAUUGCUAAAUACGACAUAACGGAUGGCAGUUAUGGCGGCACCACGGUGGAAUUUUGGCCUGUCGGCAUUUUCCCCCAUCCGCCAUUUGCCAUGAUAACACUGAGACAUGGAUACGAUGCAGUGAGAAUGAUAGGUAUUCAUGUGCGGAAGUAUGUAGUAGUCCUAGCCUACAUUUGUUUUAGGAGGAAAACACAUGUCCAAAGACCAUUGGUUUCAUUUGGCCCAAAGACUUCCAUGAAGCUUAGAACUUACCCCGCUAAUGUCUAUAAGGAAUUAUGGCUAAGUUCUCAUCUAAUUAACGAGUUUAGUGAGGAAACUUCAGUCAUGACUGCUGAUGGUGCUUUCUGCACGGCUUGGCUGAAAAGUUUGAGAAAACCAUCAGGCUCGUUAGUUCUUAUCCAAGCAAAUGAAACUAGGAGCCACACAGAUGCAUUUCAGUUUUCAGCACAGCCAAACUCUAUUCCUGGUUCAGUUUUACAGUUAGUAGGGUCUUCCUAUUUAAUUCGUGCUGGUUCAUGGGAGACGUAUGGCAGUGCUCCUCUAGCUCGAAUAAAUGCGCUGGUAUUUGCUACUUGCUUCUCAGAUUCUUCGAGUGUAUCCGAUGCUGCAUUAGCCUACUCCAAGCUCAUCCAACAUUUGGCUGUGUAUAAAGGCUACAAAGAUGCUUUUGCUGCUCUGAAAAUAGCAGAAGAAAAGUUUACGUGUGUUUCAGAAUCCAGAAUCCUGGUAGUGAAACUACAGUUGUUGCAUGAGUGCGCUUUACACAGGGGACAUUUAAAACUAGCUCAAAACUUCUGUGAUGAGCUUGGGGUUUUGGCUUCUCCUGUUACUGGUGUGGAUAUGGAGCUAAAAGCUGAAGCUAGCCUACGUCAUGCUCGAACUUUACUUGCUGCAAAGCAGUAUAGCCAGGCAGCAGCAGUUGCUAACUCUCUAUUCUCCAUGUGCUACAAGUUUAACAUGCAAGUAAAAAAUGCCACUGUUCUCCUAUUGCUUGCAGAGAUACACAUGAAGUCAGGCAAUGCUGUUUUGGGAAUUCCAUACGCUUUGGCUAGUCUUUCAUUUUGUCAGUCAUUUAACCUUGAUCUUCUCAAAGCCUCUGCAACCCUAAUUCUAGCUCAGUUAUGGCUCUCUCUUGGAUCCAAUCAUGCAAUAAAGGCUUUGUCCCUUCUACAUAGUUCUUUCCCGAUGCUUCUUGGUCAUGGUGGCUUGGAGCUUCGUGCUCGAGCAUUUAUAACAGAAGCAAAAUGCUAUUUAGCAGACCCAAGCUUUUCAGUUUCGGAAAACUCGGACAUGGUUUUAGAACCUCUGCAGCAAGCUUCAGAAGAACUUCAACUUUUGGAGUAUCACGAGUUGGCCUCGGAAGCUUUCUACUUGAUGGCCAUUGUAUAUGACAUGCUUGGGCAAUUGGACGACAGGGAAGCUGCAGCAUCUUCGUUUAGGAAACAUAUUACAGCACUUGAGAACCCACAAGACAUGGAUUAUUCUCUCUACUGUUUGUCGUAAAAGAAGGAUGAGGAGGCUGGUCGAGGAUUUACAUGCUAUCAAUUUGGUUGUGGCCAGUUUUAUAAAUUUUGUUUUUCUUUUUUGCUUUUUAAUUUUUGUGGAUUUAUUAUUUCUUAGUUCUUUUGUAUCUUUUUCUUGGUGUAUGAAUGGUCUGUGGAAUUAACACAUGUAUAUUUAAGCGGUGACGACAUUGACUUAGCAUGUUUAGUUGUGUUGUUGUAUGAAAUUAACAAUGAAAAAUUACAAACAGCUGAGUAUGUUUAAACAAAGCUUAAAGUAAAAUUUGAUUUUAUUUGAUAUUGUCACAAGAGU